CAUUUGCUCUUUCUAUAGUAUAGUCGCAUAUCCGUCGCAUCAUUCUUGAUUAUUCUCGUUUGUUCUCGUUUACCGACUUUGUCAGGUGAGAAGUAUCGGUGCAAGUCGCUUUAAAGCGAUUCUUGGGUAAUAUAUAUCACAAACGUCUAUUGAAUAUACCACGUAUGUUAUUUAUUACUUCUCAUGAAUGUAGUAAAUAAUAUAUAUCAUCAACUGUUUAUCGAUAUAAUGUACGAUAAUUUCUUCACAAUUCCUGCAGAGUAGACACAUAUCAGAAAUGUCUGAGUCAGAUCUUUUGGCUAGUGACCAUAUUGAUGGUCUUGAUGGUCUUGAAAAUGGUCAAGAUGGAGAUGCUAUCAUGCAAUGUGAUGGUGUUAAGCGUGAAUUAAGUGAAGCAAAUAUUGAUGAUCCUGAAUUAGAGGCGAUUAAAGCACGAGUAAGAGAAAUGGAAGAAGAAGCAGAGAAAUUGAAACAACUCCAAUCUGAGGUGGAUAAACAAAUGAAUAUGGGUAGUCCACCCGGUAUCACAAGCCCAUUAAAUAUGUCAUUGGAAGAAAAAGUGGAAGUUGACAAUCGAUCCAUUUAUGUUGGCAAUGUUGAUUAUGGGGCUACAGCAGAAGAGUUAGAGCAACAUUUUCAUGGCUGUGGCAGUGUCAACAGAGUAACAAUUUUAUGUAAUAAAUUUGAUGGUCAUCCCAAAGGUUUUGCUUACAUUGAAUUUGCCGAACGCGACUCUGUGCAAACCGCAAUGGCCAUGGACGAAUCUAUGUUUAGAGGUCGUCAAAUUAAAGUAAUGCCUAAAAGAACAAAUAAGCCUGGUUUCUCUAUGACAAAUAGGGGUCCCAGAGGUGCAAGAGGCUAUCGAGGUAUGACUAGAGGGAUUAUUCGUGGUAGUGCAUAUUAUGGAUAUAGACCUACAAGGCGGCCUAGGAGUUACAGACGUGGUUAUUAUAUGCCAUAUUGACCAUUUUAAAGUGUGGCAACU